UCGCCGCGGCGCAGACGGCGGUGGCCGGCCGGUGCGAGCGCGGAGCGGGGCCUGGGCAGCAGCGGGACCGUAGGACCUCGCGCUGCGUUCGCGGGCUCCGGGGCGGGGGCGGCGGCGGCAAAGCCCCCUCCCCGGGGAGGCGGGGCCUGGGCGAGCUCCCCAGAGGGGGAGCGGCGGCGGCCGGGAAGGAUGCAUCAGAAGCUACUGAAGAGCGCGCAUUACAUAGAGCUGGGCAGCUACCAGUACUGGCCGGUCCUGGUGCCCCGCGGCAUCCGCCUCUACACCUACGAGCAGAUCCCUGUGUCCCUCAAGGACAACCCGUACAUCACUGACGGCUACCGGGCCUACCUGCCCUCCAGGCUGUGUAUCAAAAGUUUGUUUAUUUUAUCUAAUGAGACCGUAAACAUCUGGAGUCAUUUGCUGGGUUUUUUUCUCUUCUUUACCCUGGGAAUAUAUGAUAUGACAUCAGUGUUACCUUCGGCAAGUGCGUCCAGAGAAGAUUUUGUAAUUUGUUCUAUUUGUCUUUUCUGCUUCCAGGUCUGUAUGCUUUGCUCUGUGGGCUAUCAUCUUUUUUCCUGCCAUCGAUCAGAAAAAACCUGUCGAAGAUGGAUGGCAUUAGAUUAUGCAGGAAUUUCUAUUGGAAUACUGGGAUGCUAUGUCUCUGGGGUAUUUUAUGCAUUUUAUUGUAAUAACUAUUGGCGUCAAGUGUACUUGAUCACAGUGCUCGCUAUGAUCCUGGCAGUGUUCUUUGCGCAGAUCCAUCCCAAUUACCUCACGCAGCAGUGGCAGAGGCUCCGCUCCAUCAUCUUCUGUUCCGUUUCGGGAUACGGAGUGAUCCCUACCCUUCACUGGGUUUGGCUCAAUGGAGGAAUCGGUGCUCCUAUUGUACAGGACUUUGCACCCCGUGUAAUUGUGAUGUAUGUGAUUGCUCUUCUUGCUUUCCUAUUCUACAUUUCCAAAGUUCCAGAACGGUACUUUCCAGGACAACUAAACUACCUCGGAUCAAGCCACCAGAUAUGGCAUAUCCUUGCAGUAGUGAUGUUAUAUUGGUGGCAUCAGUCAACAGUGUAUGUCAUGCAGUACAGGCAUAGCAAGCCUUGCCCUGACCAUGUUUCACAUUUGUGAAUUCAGGUAUGGCCGCCUGGUGUAUUCAGUCGUCAAGCAAUAUGUAAUGGGGAGUUGUAUACCCCACUAUUUCUAAGAUUCACAUUCAUUUUUCCUUUUUCCUCCUAUUUAAUAUAUCAUGAGUAAUACUUUAUAAAAAUGGAAAAAUAUACCUGGGGAUCUGUAAUAAUAACUGCUUUACGGCCCUUAAAACUACUAAUUUGCUGCUUGUACAGAAAGUGAAAAUUAGUUGACAUUUAUAAGAAACAUCUGAAUAACAAUGAAUGUGAAACCAGUGUAGAAACAGUAUUUGUUUUACUUAACACCAGCUUAAUUUCCUUAGGAAGGGCUUACCUCCAUUAUAAAAUGGAGUCAUCCUGUGUGAUUUCUUUAAUAGAAGAUACGUACAGUGGUUGAUCAAGUUGAAGUGCCUCAUCAAGGCCAGGGUUGCCAUAGCCUAUGCUUAACACAGCCAGAAGAGUGGUUUUGAAUCAUCACUAGCCUUUAAAUACAUGGUUUGCGAGAAACUGGCAUGUAAGACAGGAUUUCCUUUAGCUAUAGGCUCUCUUCUCCUUAGGAACAUUGGAUUUUUUAGUUUGCUAGAACAAAAACUUUAAACCUUUCCUCCUUUAAGUUGAGAGAGGCAUUAAGAGGAAAAGAACUUGCAUUGUCAUUUCCCAUCAGAUAAGAAGCGCAUUAAAAACUGAUUAUAUGACCAGGCAACCAAUUCUGUGGUCUAAUAACCAAGGCAUUCACAUUUAAGCUUUUUAAAUUCAAAGAAUAUUACUUAGUUCCGUAUAAUAAUUGCACUCUUGCCAGUGGAUUACAGAUUUUUGGUUCAAAAAUUCCUGUAGCAAAAUAGAGAGUUUCACCUCUCUGAAUCUGCAGUCCUAAAUUUCUUGAUCGAUGGGGGUUCCCAGUUAAAUGGGUGCUACUUACUUUCAAGGCCACAGAGUCCAGAUGGCCCAGGGUUGACCCCAAAAUGAACCUUAAGCCUUAGAACAAAGUCAUGCAGGUGCCCCAACUGAUGACAGGAUUAUUCCCUUGUACUCUAGUCUUUCCCUGUUUUAUGCAUGUGUUAGCAUUUUAUUGACAACUCAGAGUAUUGAUACACACUAUCUAGUAUUUGGGCCUGAAACAUUAUUCUUUAUUGUAUAUACCUAAGAAAUAGGUCUCACUGCCCUAGCAUACAACGCUCUUGUUUGUGGUCUUUUCAUAUGUAUAAAUUAAAUCCCUUUUGAAGCAGUCAUUCACAAAAACAUGUUCAUUGGAAUAUAUAAAAUAUCCAAAUUUCUUAGUGGAAUAAUAUAUAAAAUAUUAUCCAAAUUUCUUCAGAACAUUGGAAUUCCUAAAUAUCAGAAGUGUUGAUUAAUGGCAAAGCUUAUUUCCACAUUGCCAUUUAUACAUCUCAUAUUAGAAAUUUAAUGUGCCUCCAUUUAUGCAUCUGUAAAAUUUUUUCUUUUCAGUAUAGUGUUUUUGGAAUAUAAAUUCCCCAUGCUAGCAUCUCAGCAUGGAGAAUCUUCGCAAUAGGCUAAGGGCGCUGUAUUGUACCCAUUAUGAUGAUGGAACACACACUACUUUGAAAAUGGCUACUUUGCUUCAUAAGGCCACAAAUUUCAUCCAUAUUGCUGAGUGAUAAAAAGACUUUGCUGUAAUGAUAAUAGGAUGUAUUUUCCACAAAACAACCCUUAUGGGUUUAAUAUGGUAUUAUUGAUCUUAAAUAGAUAUUUUGUCAUUUUAGCCAAAUAAAAUACACUGAGAGUAGUUAUAAUUAAUUUAAAAAUAGAAAAGUCUAGUCAUUUUAGGCCUGGUACCAUUUUUACCAUAAAAUCUUCUCAAAAUAAAAACAUUGAAUUUUAAGUUCUGUUUUCUCUUAAUUUUUAAAAAAUAUUCCUGGUUUUUUGAGUGUAUGAAUUAUCUAAUACUUGCCAUCUGACUUAAUGGAUAAAAAGGGCAUACUGUGUUUGACUGUUUUAAUUUAAAAGGCAUAUAGCUCUGACUGUAGGGAGAAUUAUACCCUGUGAACAUUUCAUCUUAUGAAAAUUAAAGAUUGUAAGAAAGCUAUCCUCUCUCAUUUUCCUCUUUACUGUAUUUUAUUAUUAAGUAGGGAAAGAAUGAAUGUGGAUUGCUGUCAACUAUAAACACUUCUGUAUGUCAGUGUUUAUUGACCACCUACUGUGUGCAUACCACUACUGGCAAAUUUUUUAAGACACUGUUAACAUGAAAGAAUAUUUAAAAAUUGCCUACAAAUCUGAGCCUUGUAAUAAUGUAUAUUUAUUUUUGUUUUAUAGAUUUAUUAAAAAAUAAGAUUAAAAGUACAUACUCAGAUGCCAUACUAAAAAAACUGGUUUUAAUUUUACAGUGUAUAAACUAUAAAAGCUCUUUACCUACAGACUUUACACGUACAUUUUAAAACUAUCCAUGGCUGUUUUAAUUGUCUAUUGUGAUUUAUAAGGUUGUAGUUAACUCAUUUGAGGCAAUUAUCUUUCUAUAUAAAGCCAUUUUCAAAAGAUAGUGCUUGUCUUUUUUGUUAUUACACUGAGUGCAAUUCAGUCAGCUGCAUGGCAAAAUAUGUAUGAUGUAAAUAAACUGGGUUUACUAAAUA